ACAUUUGAAGAUAAAAAACCCUCAACCGAAACACCAACGAAGUUUCUCAAUUUCUUUGCAGGGUGCUGCAAUCCGAAGAUUUGCGCGGUUAUGGCGGCAAAUGCGCCAUCCAGCCAUCUAUUGCACAUUCUUCGUUCUCAACCAUCUUCUCUGUCUUCGAUAUCGCCAUCUUCACCUUCUUAUGUUUCUUUUCUGAAACCUCUUCUGCUCUUAUCCUCCUCUACUGCUCCCACUGCUGUACCUAAACUCGUUGGACGGAUCCAAAUUCCACAUCGUCGGAAAUCCCUUUUUGCCUCUCCCACUCACCUCUCUAAUCCUCUCUUCUCUCACUCUUUCUCUGCACAUGUGAUUUCUGCUCCUCAGAGACAUUGCGAUGCUGUGGGAGCUGGAGAUUUGGCGGACAUUGCUGAGGACGAUGAAACAAUUGAACCGUACACUGAAGAGAGCGGGAUUGAAAACGAAGAUGAGCAUAUCGAGAUGAGUAGGGGUUCAGAUUUGUCGCCAUUAGAGAGAAACAGGGAGGAGAGGUUGAAGUUGCCCAGUCUCACUGUGAAGGAAAGGAAAGAGCUCGCCUCUUACGCUCAUAGCUUGGGGAGAAAGCUGAAAAGCCAGUUGGUGGGCAAGUCUGGUGUUACACCUAAUGUUGCGACCUCUUUCAUUGAGACCCUUGAAGCUAACGAGCUUCUCAAGAUUAAAAUACACCGGACUUGUCCAGGAGAGCUAGAUGAGGUCGUGAAGCAGCUGGAAGAAGCAACUGGUUCGGUGACUGUUGGUCAAAUUGGUCGGACAGUGAUUAUAUACAGGCCUAGUCUCACCAAAUUGAAGGCAGAAGAGAAGAAGAAGCAAGCUCGAAAAGUGUUUCUGAGAAAACAGCUAAAACCAAAACUAAGUAAGGAGCAAGGGUCAAAGUUUUCGCGGCGGAGAUAAUUUUGGAAACACUAGCUAACAAUUCUUGGUGUACUUAUGUUGAGGUUUGCCCUAUACGGAGUGAGGCUUUGCAUGCAUGGCAUUUAGAAGCUAAAUUCACAAGCAUAUUUUAAGGCAGAUGAAUUUCUAUGGUUAUGUAUAGAACUCUUGUAACUUAUGAAAUCUCGCUGCCGAGGAAGAAUAUUGCAUGUUCUGUACAUAGAUUAUUUUGCUUGAGAAACUGGGAAGCAAACUUGUUUCGGAGGAUUUAGAUUAAAUUUUUGAAAGUAA